AUGCACAGGUUUAAGCGGUCCAAGGUUGUAGGGAAUGGACAGCUUGGACUGCAUAACAUGGGGAACACGUGUCUCCUGAAUGCCAUUGUACAGUGUUUUUCCCACACUCAGAGUCUGAGAGACCCCCACAGCUAGCAGGAUGCUCAGGCGUUUCCGUGGUUUCUUCUAGACCGUCUGCAUGUGGAAUUGAACCGCCAGACCUCUCAGCGUGUCACUGUUACUUGUGCUUGUGAGCACAAACUGUUCUCAGGUCAGCUGUGUUUCCCCCUUCUCUACUCUGUCUUCUCACACCGCUCAGACACCUUCCACGUGUUAUGCGAGCUGUUGCUGCUGAUCCCCCCAAAGAUGACUCACAUGGCUGACCAUGGGAUCUCCGUGACACUGGCGGAGUGUUUGGAGUUAUUCUGACAAGAGGAGAAACUCUACAAGCAGAAUUCCUCCAUUUGCCCAGUGCUGUAUGGUCUUUAUGUUUUAUGCAACCGUUCGGGCAGUGUGAACAUGGGCCACUAGAUGGCUGCCUGCGCUAAAGACGAGCGAUGUUCUUGCUACGAUGACUCAUGUUGGGUAGGUGCUACCCAAAUGUCUGAGGACCUGAUUCAGUCCAGACAGGCAUAUAUGCCCUUCUGCUGGCUUCAAAACAGCACUGCCUCCAAGAUAUGAGACCAUGUCAGCAUAGGAACAUGGGUUUUCUUUGCUUAUCAAGAGACAUUUGUUGCACAACAAAACAAAGUCACAAGACUACCGUUGUUCUUACAGUGUACGGUCCACUGUUUGGCACUGUCAGAAAAUAAGUGGAUCAUGUGUAGA